AUGCAGAAUCCCGCGUGGUCGCCAUGGCGAGGGCAUUGCAUCAGCAGCGCAAAGCGCGGCGGUGAUUGCGGAGAUUUCGCCGGAUGCGGCGUCAGCAGUGAGUGCCGUGUUGGGCCCGCUUUUCGCGGCGCUGAACUUCCUCUUCAUCCUCCGCAUCGUUAUGUCGUGAUACCCGCAGUGUCCGAGUUCCCGUUCACCGAGCCCAUCCUCCGUCUCACCAGAGCCGUUAUUCAGCCUAUCGGAGGUGUUGACAUCGCCCCCAUUGUGUGGCUGGCACUCAUCAGCUUCCUCAACGAGAUCCUGCUGGGCCAGCAGGGGCUGCUUGUGCUUAUAGCGAAUCAGGAGUCGCUCUUGUGA